AAAUUAAGACUACAGAGGGAAUUUAAUUUUCGAUUUUCUAACGUCUCGUAUGCCAGAGCGUUUCGCCCAUUAUGAGGUUAGAACAGUCCCAAGAGUGGCAACUAUUCUAGAUUCAAGGUUCAAAAAGAUGGUUUUCUCUCAGUCAAAUUCAGACCAAGCUGCUAAGGCUUUAGAGAAUGAAUUGUACAACACAUUGCCCAAAACACAGCACGAUACGCCAACACCACCAAAUCCAGAACCGGAAAAGAAGAAAUUUACGUUCCUACAGCAAAAAGUCGCUGUUAAAUCUAAGUCGACCAGGACAGACGCUAUUAUAGCUCUAAGGCAAUAUUUGGAGGCUCCAAAUUCCCCGGAGAACGUCGAGCCCCUAGAAUUCUACAAGAUAUGCCCAGAUUCCAUGGAAGCUUUGAAAAGCAUUGCAAAACGAUACUUUUGCGUUCCAGCAUUUUCCACGGCGUCCGAGACGAUUUUCAGCAAAGCUGGCCAAGUCAUUAGUGAGCGCAGGAGCUCUCUCAAACCAAAAAUAGUUAAUAUGUUGAUAUUUUUGAACAAAAACAGCUUCCUUUAUGAUGUCUAUUAAAUAAGUUAAA